CGGAUUGGGCAAGCAUCGACGGCGGAUCUGGAAGGGGAGGCUCACAAGUCUGUGCAGCGGAGAGAGCGCAGAGUGGGAUGCUGGGGUGUUCCUAAUGGGAGGUCGCAGAUUCAUGGGGGGUUUUCAAGGAUUACAAUAUUUCCUCACUCACUGUACCUAUACACCCCCGUCGGGUUUAAGCUUUCCACUCGGGGCUUUCUCCACGUUCCCUUGACCCCAUCUGUUCCUCCCGCCCAGGUCAACCUCCCGCGCCAACGCAUAACCGCCAACCGACCGCCAAUGACAAUUGAGAACGGUCAAUCCCCCGGUUACGCACGCAAGUUACAAUACGGGCUUCAGUACGGACGAUACGGAGAGAGCCGCUCUGCGAACGAUACAGCGCCAGGCGUGCCGCUGUAUACUAACUUGCAGUGCUCAGCAGACGACACCAUGCUCGCCGGCUGCUCAGAAAUCGGCUCAUCGUCGACUCGUCAGUCGAGAUUGUCGUCUCUGCCAAGACCUGGCUUACCCGUUGGUCGUACGCUAUUAGCGUCGCACUUGUUGGUGCGCAGAAUGUUCCAUGUAAUGGGGCGCAGGGUGUCGCGUGCUAGCCGUAUCGGUGCCGGUUCACGCAAUGCUACCUCGAUAUUGCCGGCUGCCCGCCAAGCGCACGGCCCAACGGACACAAGGAGGGGUUACACUUAUCUUGUGGUCGCACACGACAGACCGCGCCUUAACCUCAGGCAGAAUGGAGAUUCGAGAGAGGCCGCUGCAGGCGGAACAGUCGGCAAAGAUUCACGCUUCACCGUCGACGGACCUUUGUACGCAAAAGAGAACCCCAAGCAUCGUCGCCAUGCACUUCAAAGAUGUCCGUUAUGCAAUCUGGUCCACAGUCAACUGCUGGUGAUCCAACAGCCGCUGGAUUCAGAAUCAAAGGAAGGUCAUCGAGGGUUAUGUGUAAGCUUCUGCGACUCCGCGGGGUUUGAUCACAGCUGAUCACGGUAAGCAGGGUAUGGCGCGAGUCAUCACACCUCGAUGGGGCCCACCGCCUCGGUCAAAUUUGCUCCCUUGUUGUGGUGAAGCAAGAGAUUUUGAACCCCCCUUUGGAGAAAAGCCUUCUUCCACGAUC